GUGAUGUUUUCUUCCUGUGAAUCCUGAUUUAUUUUUCUGGUGAUAACGUUCUUUAAUUUCUCGGAACUUUUUUAGGCGAAAUGAAACAGAAAAAUGGAUCGGGAGCAGAUGGAAGAGCUCGACGUGUUCUUCAAGACAUCGGCAAUUUAGUGGGUGAACGAGUUGCACAAGGACGUCUGCCGGGACCGCCACUGUCUGAGGAAGAAAAGAAGAAAAGGAAGGAGAAAAAUAAAAAGGAUAGAGAGUAUCGGGCCAAACGGACGAGUCAAUUCAAGGAAUAUAAGGAGUUUUGUGAGGAGCCCAUAAUUGAUGACAUGUUCAAAGCCUUCAAGGAAGGGAAACAAGUGUUCAAGGAAGUAUUAAAUCAGCUUGGAGAAGUUUGGAUGAAGGAUGGAACAAGCAAAAACAUUGAAAUGUUGACAGGAAGUUCGGUAGCUGGAAUGGGCACCCCAUUUGAGCCACCAACAAGGGGGUUAAAGAGGACGAGAGAGGAAGAACCGGCUGAAGCCCAAAGGGCCAAAAUACCUGCAACUACUGACAAUUAUACUCCACAUCAUAUCCCAAUUGGUGGUUCUCAACCUAGUGGGCUUAUGGCUAAUGCUCCCAAGACUGCAUGUCAGUCUGUCCUCCCAGGCCACAACAGUAGGAAAGUGGCACAACAGAAUGAGGGGCCCAAAUGGAUUAACCCCCCUGCACAAAAGCAACACGAUACUUAUUAUGUUCCUGAGUGCUACACCGAGGUAGUUAUUUCUAAGAAGCUGGACCAAUUUCGCUCAGAGAUGCAAGAGCGGCAGCAGCGGAUGGAGGAAGCGAUUCAGAGGUUUUUUGUAGCAGCUCCUACAAAUGCCCCUAUUGUCUCUCCUACUGAGCCUCAUCAUGACCCUCAUGGUAUGCAAGGAGGAACUAAUGCUGCUGCUGGAUACUCUGGUGGUCCCACCACCCAGUCCUUCCAACACAACGAAGAGUUUCAACACAAAGAAUACAAGGCCUUUUGUGAGGAGCCUGGAAUUAUUGACAUGUUCAAAGCCUUUAGGGAAAGGAAAAAACAAGAAGAGUUCAAGGAAGAAACAAAGAAGCUUGAGGAAGAUUUGAAGAAGGUUGUACCACUUGAUGCUUUUGACUGGCUGGAACAUGAAACACUCACUGGAAAUUUGGCGGGAUCCUCAAAUGUUGCCUCAGGUGCCAUGGAUUCAACCACAGCUGUUGAAGGUGGUGAGUUAUUUUUUGAUUUGGAUGCUUUUGACUCUUGGCUGGAACAUGGAACGUUCAUUGGAAAUUUGGUGGGAUCCUCAAAUGUUGCCUCGGUUGCCAUGAAUUAUACUCCAACUGGUGGAGAGCCUUAUCAUGACUCUCUUGGCAUGCAAGAAGAAACUACUGCUGCUGCUGGAUCCUCUGGUGGUCGCACCACGCAGUCCUCACCAGAUAAUGAAAAGUUUUAACUUUACCUUGAUCACACUUUUAUGUCAUUUCUUUUGGGACACGUCACAUGGAUGGUGCAGGUUUUUAUGUUUAUGUUGGCUUAUCAUAGCUGUGGAUUAUGUUGGUACAGCUGUUAUCUAGAAUGAUAUGAACUUAAUUACAUGAAAACUAAUUAGGGGGUUUUGUUGAAUGGGAUAUUUGCAGUGGAUGUUAGUUAUAUAAACUACAUGUUAUUUUUUUAGAGGUUUACCUUCCUUUUGAUCC